CAGGUAUAUCUUUGCUGUCGCAAUGCAGUGAGCUGGGUCAACUGCCAGAACUGCCCGCCCCAGAUGAGCAACGGCUGCAAGAGGCGGCUGAACUCCUACAACAGCGCCUCGUCCUCAGACAGUGGCUCACAAAGAACCAACUGCAGUCUUACCAUCCUCGGCUGCUCUCAUUGGGCGUGGGCAGUUUGGAGGACGUGUACUGGCUGGAGGACGGCAGGGCAAGGCGGGCAUUCGGGGGGGACUUUUCCAAAUGGUCGGCGGCUAGACAGGCGCUGCCCACUUCCAAACAACCCUUGGAUCAGCUGAAGGCAGACCUCUGGGCGGAGGUGGUCAAAGGCAGCAGUCAUAGGGACGCUUGGACAUGGGGAGGCAUGUUGGUGGUAUCGCUGUCUGUAGCCGGGUUGGUCACUUUGGCCGCCAUGACUCAACCCUCCCUCGCCCCAGAAGCCAAACAUUCCCUUUUGCAGUACGUCACUGGAAAAUAUCUCUUACCCUCAAACUGUAAGGUAAAUUUCCAAUGGUCCGAUCUCCAUCCCGUAGGCCAAAUGGUCUGUUUCACAGUGCAAUUCUACCAGCGAAAUGGCCAGCCUUAUCCAAUCUGUGAUACUGAUAAUUUUACUGUUGAUGUAUGUGGCGGAUCCAGAAAGUUAGCUGUUAUUACGGAACUCGGCUCUCCGACGGAUCCCGCCUGUGCUAAUGUUGCUAAGGUCAAGUUUACUGUUCGGCAUGCUGGCCAAUAUAAGGUUAGCGUGACAGUGGCAGAAAGGCACGUAGCCGGCAGUCCGUUCGCGGCGACCUUCGUUGCCGGCCCCCCAUGCGCACAAAGAACCCAUGUGCUACGCCACUGUAGUACAGUUGUAUGUACGGCUAACAUCGCGCAAGUUGUUUACGUGGAACCGCGAGAUGAGUAUGGGAAUGUAUGUAGGUUCGAAGCUAAAGACAACCCUCUAGAGGGUUACGCCAUAAAUAUAGCACAGUUAGGUUUACAAUCUCCGGAGUUGCCGUUGGAUGCGACAGCUGACGGCGAAAAUUGUUCGACAAACUUGGAGUAUGACUGGGAGAGUCAACGCGUGAUGGUGCAAUUGAAGUUUGUCCAUGAAGGUUGUUAUCAUGCCACGAUUUUUUACCGCGGCACCGAGUUGCAUAACGGGGAUUUUGAUAUCAUAGUUUUAAACAGUGAGUUUUUCGUCUUCUUAAACUUUGUACAAAUUGAUAUACCAGGUGAUUUAAGAAAUGGUUGCAAUCUCUUAGGUAUUGCUACACUCAGUAUAAUGUAUGUCAGAUGUGUAAAGGCGGGAACACGUUAUUGUUACGAACGUGCACUCACGAGCUAUCAGGUAUUGAUUCCACUCUAGUCCAUAAAAACGUAGCUUCAAAGAAUCACAACGUUUGUUACGAAGCCAAAUUAGUAGGUAUAAAUGGAGACAGAUUAACAAAACCAAAGAAGGUUUUGUGCUAUGUUUCCCCGAAACAACUGAUAAUCAAAGAACUAAUUUUAAAAUUCAUACCAAAGAGGCUGUUUACAUUUAGAUUAUGUCCUUCUACUAAGUUUAAUUUCCAAGGCAAAACAGUAAAGAGCACAGAAAUCAACAUGAAUUCUUUUACAGUAGAUGACGGAUGUCAACCAAAGAUAGAAUUAGUUUCUAGGGAGCGUAAUGUCAUUGCCGCUACAUUUGCUCAGUUUUUGCUUAAAAAUAUGGGAGGAUCGGAGACUUUCAAAGAUAAACAGGACUUCUUUUAUCAUGAAGUACGAAAAUUCCAUCAAAAGCACUACCAUGAGAAGUUGUCUAUGAAAGUUAAUAGGGAAAAGUUGCUGGAUUCUAGCAUGAAAGCGACCAAAAACUUUUCUGUCUCCGAUUGGUGCCGUAACUUUGAAGUUAGUUUUCAAGGAGAGCAAGGUGUGGACUGGGGCGGGCUAAGAAGAGAAUGGUUCGAGCUCAUUUGCGCUCAACUUUUCGAUGCCAAAUACGGUUUGUUCUCGAGUUUCCAUGAAGGCCAACAAUCCUUGGUGCAUCCAAAUCCGAACAGGCCUUCGCAUCUUAAAUUAAGACACUACGAAUUCGCUGGAAAAGUGGUAGGAAAAUGUCUGUACGAAAGCGCUCUGGGCGGCACCUACAGACAGUUGGUUAGAGCUAGAUUCACCAGGUCAUUUUUAGCUCAAGUUAUUGGCCUACGCGUUCAUUAUAAGUAUUUCGAGCAGGAUGACCCGGAUCUGUAUCUUUCGAAAAUCAAGUACCUCCUGGAGAACAAUAUCGACGAAAUAGAAACGGAACUAUAUUUCGUAGAGGAGCAAUACGAUUCUUCCGGCCAGCUUAACAAAACUAUCGAGCUGAUUCCGAACGGCUCGAAAAUUCGAGUUAUGAAUAGUACAAAACUGCAAUACUUGGAUGCCUUAGCACAAUAUAAAUUAGCAACAAGCAUAAAAGACGAAAUGGAGGCGUUUUUGAAAGGGCUCAACGAGUUGAUUCCCGAUAAUCUUCUUAGUAUUUUCGACGAAAACGAGUUAGAAGCGUUCCAGCUGCUGCUUUGCGGCACCGGGCAAUACAACCUGGCCGACUUCCGAGCCCAUCACAUGGUCAACGGCAACUCGGCGGAGUUCAGGAGAGUUGUCGGGUGGUUCUGGGCUGCCGUCGGUAACUUCACGCAGGAGGAGAUGGCCAGGUUGUUGCAGUUCACCACCGGAUGCUCGCAGCUACCGCCAGGUGGAUUCCGCGAGUUGACGCCAAGGUUCCAGAUCACUGCGGCGCCGACGUUCGGGAACCUGCCGACUGCGCACACCUGUUUCAAUCAGUUAUGUCUACCGGACUAUGAUUGCUAUGAACAGUUCGAGAAAUGUCUGCUUUUGGCGAUAAGUGAAGGCACCGAAGGCUUUGGUAUGGUCUAAGUCUGUGAUUAGUUGAUCUUUCAUUUUGUAUACUCAUUUCCACUUCUAAGCUUAUUUUGUACUUAACGACAUUACACUAAUUUUACCGUACGUUGUAUUUACUAUUAAAGUCUGAAUUGUUUAUAUACACCUAAUAAAGUUUUUGAGCUUGA